CGUACAUCCAGAGGACUGGCUGCUUUCAAACACAAUGCCAAGCAAACUGGCGCCCUUCAAGAAGUCCCCAGCCAAGAAGGCUACUGUUAAAGCUUCCAAGCCAGAACCUGCUCCAGCAGAGGCUCCUCUCCCUGUAGAGCCUCCUCCUCCCGUAGAGCCUCCCCCACCUGUGGACGCCCCCCCACCUGUGGAAGCUCCCCCACCUGUGGACGCCCCCCCACCUGUGGAGGCUCCUGUAACUGAUGGAGAAGCAGGUCCUGCCAGUCUGACAGAGGAAGCUCCUGUCGCUGAAGCUGCUGCACCUGAUGUUGAAGGCGAUUCUGCACCAUCUGCUGCAGACGCUGCUGGAGCAGAACCUGCUGAGGUAGAGGAACCUCCCAAGGCCCCAACACCUCCACCUCUCAUAGCACUCCCCAGCGCUCCUCUCGACUUGUCUGUGGAAGAUGUGAACACCACUAGCCUCAGCCUACAGUGGAACACUCCCAGCAACAUUGGAGACGCAAGCUUGGAUGGAUACACCAUCGAGUAUUGCAAGAAUGGAUUGGCAGACUGGGUUGUAGCUAACGAGGAGUUGACUGUGGCUACUCGUUACUGCAUCAAGAAUCUGACAGCCGGAGACCUGCUGCAGGUGCGUGUGGUCGCUGUCAAUGCCGGCGGCCGCAGCGAACCCGCCACACUCGCCCAGCCUGUGCUGAUUCACGAGGUUGUCGACCGUCCCAAGAUUCGCAUUCCCCGUGCUCUCAGAAUUCGAUAUGUCAAGCAGGUUGGAGAGCAGAUCAACCUGGUCAUCCCCUUUAUUGGUAAGCCCAAACCUCAGGUGUCUUGGCUUAAAGAUGGACAACCUUUGGAUCCAAAGAGGGUCUACAUUAGGAACAGUGACAUGGACAGUAUCCUGUUUAUCCGCACCUGUCAGAAAGAGGACUCCGGGCAAUAUGAGAUGUGUGUCAAGGUAGAAAGUUUUGAAGACAAAGCCACCAUUACGCUUCAGAUUGUGGAGUUGCCUGGGCCUCCUGCCAGUGUGAAGCUAGUGGACACCUGGGGCUUCAAUGCUGCUAUAGAAUGGACACCUCCUAUCGACAAUGGUAACACAGAAAUCACUGGAUACACACUCCAGAAAGCCGACAUGAAGACUGAGAAAUGGUUCACGGUGCUGGAGCAUUUCCACAGGCUAAACGCCACCAUCUCAGACCUCAUCAUGGGCAACACAUACUCCUUCAGAGUGUUUGCUGAAAACCAAGUGGGCAUGAGUACAUCUUGCGCUGUCACCAAAGAGGUGGCCAACAUCCAGAAGACAGGUAUUGUUAGCCACCCUCCCGAGUACCAUGAGCACGACUUCAGUGAGGCUCCCAAGUUUACCACGCAACUCACUGACCGCGCUGCCACUGUGGGAUACACCACCAAGCUGCUGUGUUCUGUUCGUGGAUUCCCAAAGCCAAAGAUCGAGUGGUUGAAAAACCAGAUCAUCAUUCGUGAUGACCCUAAGUUUCGUCAGAUCUCACAAGAAGGUAUUUGCUUUCUGGAGAUCCGUAAACCUUGCAGCUUUGAUGGCGGUGUGUACACCUGCAGAGCCAAAAAUGAUCAAGGAGAGGCAACCGUCUCCUGCAAGCUGGAGGUCAAACAGGUUAUUGUUCCAGAAUUUAACAAGGAGAAACGCAAAUGACCAACAGACAAACCUCCAGAGUGAGAGAAGAUGACCUGCACAUAGUGAUGACACAGACACCUCACACCAAAGUCUGCACAUCUGUUUCUACCCCCACCCACUCUUUCUAGUAUUCAGAGGAACCAAACCUGUCCCACUUUAUCAAAUGUUGCAGUGAUUGUUUUUUAAGGCUGCAUUUAGAUUUAUGCUGUUGAUCUCACUACAUGUGCAUUAAAUAAAACUUGGACAUGCUA